GCACCACCUGGCCUCUUCUCUCUCUUCUACGUCACUUCACGCGUGACUCAUUCCCUUCUCUUACCCUCUCUCGCGGUCGCCGGAGUGCACACUCUGGAGUUCACCUGCAUGACACCGUGGCCUUUUGCCUUCUUUUGAGCCCGUCAUUGCCCACAGCCAAGUCCCACGGUGGACAUCUAUGAUCUGCUUCCCGACCGUGAUUGUAUCUCUACCACAUCACUCACACCUUACACUGUCAUAUACAUCACACACAUACAAUGGAUAAUUUACUAGACUCGUCGCUCGACGCCCCUCAACUCACCAUCUCCCCCGCCGACACCUCCCUGAGUAGUCCUACCCCGGAGGUCAAGGCCGAGUUUGAGAUCGACGUUGACGUCGACGUCGACGUCGAGGAAGAGGAAGAGGAAAAAACAGAAGAAAAGAAACCUGUUAAGAAGAGAAAGUCAUGGGGCCAGGAACUCCCGACCCCAAAGACAAACUUGCCGCCUCGAAAACGAGCCAAGACUGAAGACGAGAAGGAACAGCGCCGCAUUGAGCGUGUCCUCCGCAACAGAGCUGCGGCUCAAACGUCACGAGAGCGUAAGCGCCUCGAAGUAGAGAAACUCGAGGGCGAGAAGAAGAGGAUGGAGCAACAGAACCAGUUCUUACUGCAACGCCUCACACAGAUGGAAGUCGAAAACAACCGACUAAACCGCCAGGUGGCUCAGCUGUCUGCCGAGAUCCGUGGAUCUCGCGGUACAACCCCCAAGUCCGUGGUGUCCGACCUGGAGUCGCCCACCCUGACGCCUACCUUGUUUAAACAGGAGCGAGACGAGCUCCUCAUGGACAAAAUCCCUUUCCCCUCACCUUCUCUCACCGAUUACUCCCCCAGUCUCAAGCCCGCUGAUCUGGCUGAGGCCUCCGAUUUGACACAACAUCCUGCAGCGGUGUUGUGCGACCUGCAGUGUCAGUCGAAGGCUUCGAAGGAGCAGACGGAGCACGAGUCCUAUUUGACACCAAAUCAGAACUGGAUAACGCUGCCAAUGACCUGGCAGCUCCUCUGUCUGACGAUGACUUCCGCCGCCUAUUCAACGGUGAUUCUCCCGCUGCUUCAGAUACUGAACUCUAUGAAAGCGGGCUCCCCUUUGACCUUCUCGACGGAGGAGACCUACCGACUUUUGCCUUUGAUUCAUUGGUUGAUUUCGACCCCGAGCCUGUCGCCCUCGAUGGCGGCGUCGACUCGUCGAUCGGUCUUUCGGAAGAGAGUGCUCUCCAGACUACUGGCAUGCAGCCCAGCCUUGGCGCGUCCACUACGCGAUGCGACGGGCAAAGCAUUGCAGCUAGCGGUUAAUGCAGCCUCUCUUCGCCAGACCGGUUCGGCCGUUGACGACGUUGUUGUGGGAGGACCGACGUGGGAGUCGCUGAUGACCAUGGCAUGGGCGAUUGAUUCGAUCCGUCGCAAGUCCAGCAAGAAGGCGCGCAAGACAAGAAUGAAACGACAAAUGAAGGCAUCACACGGGAGCAUGCGGAGUUUAUGGCGUUCUGCGGAUUGUAUUGUUAGUGGGAAAGUUCAAAGAGAUAACACACAUUGUAAAUUAAAUUGAUUCAUACAAUUCAAGUAUUCAUUAAAUUAUUCCU